GAGUCCGACAUUCAGUCCGCGGCGGACUACGAAGCCGUCGACAUCGGGCGCGUGUCCACGUCAUUGUGCUCGCUCCGAGCUGGCUUCAAGUGAUCUCGCUUAGGUGAUCAUUACCAUCUUCGGAUUGUGUGUCACGUGCGUUACGUGUGUCGACGACAUGAGUGUUCGAGCCGGCUAAGGCGAGCAGUUCAAGCGAUUCACGACCCCGAGGAAGCUUCAAUUUCGCGACAACAUGGUGUACCACUGGCAGAGUCAAAAUGUCAAAAUCUCCGGGGUGGACGACAUGGUCCUCCUGCCGAAGAUCAACGCGGAGUCCAUCAUCGAGAAUCUCAAAAAGAGAUACUUGGACGAUUACAUAUUUACAUGCAUCGGACCCGUGUUGGUAUCGAUUAAUCCUUUCAAGCAAAUGCCGUAUUUUGGAGAGAAGGAGAUUGAGAUAUAUCAAGGCGCGGCGCCGUAUGAAAAUCCACCGCACAUUUAUGGACUGGCCGACGAAAUGUAUAGAAACAUGCUGAUUGACAACGAAAGUCAGUGUGUCAUCAUAAGCGGUGAAUCUGGCGCAGGAAAAACGGUAGCUGCAAAAUACAUAAUGUCCUACGUAGCAAGGGUGAGCGGUGGCGGCAAAAAGGUGCAAAAGGUAAAGGACGUAAUCCUGGAAUCGAACCCGCUUUUGGAAGCCUUUGGCAACGCGAAGACCGUGAGAAAUAAUAACAGCAGUAGAUUUGGAAAAUACGUCGAGAUGCAAUUUGGCUCGGGAGGUCAGCCAAACGGUGGCAAGAUCUCGAAUUUUCUCCUGGAAAAGUCAAGAGUAACCCGUCACAAUCCGGGCGAGCGAAAUUUCCAUGUAUUUUAUCAGCUGGCGACAGGCGCCAAUCAGGAGAUGAAGUCGGAAUUCGGAUUAACGAAUUUGGAUUAUUAUCAAUAUUUGAGUCAUGGUGGCAAUUAUACGGUGGACGGCACGAACGAUGCGCGGGAUUUUCAGGAAACUCUUAAAGCGUUGAGCGUGAUGAAUAUAAAGGACACAGAAGUGAUGGAUAUAUUCAAAUUGGUAGCUGGGAUACUUCACGUGGGAAAUAUACAGUUUGCCGAGAACGGAAAUUAUUCGCAAAUAGCCGAUAAAAAAUUUCUCGAGUUUCCAGCCCAUCUCUUUGGAAUUGCAGCAGAUCAGCUAUCGCACAAACUCACUUCUCGCGAAUUCGAGUCGAAAUGGGGAAAUCAAUCCGAUUGUGUGGACGUGAUGCUGAAUGUGGAACAGGCUCUUUAUACGAGGGAUGCCUUGGCAAAAGAUGUCUACGCUAGACUUUUCGACUACUUAGUCCAGAAAGUCAAUUCCGCCAUGGAGACAAACACGGAUGGAUACGAGAUCGGAAUUUUAGACAUAUACGGCUUCGAGAUCUUUGAGAAAAAUGGCUUCGAACAGUUCUGCAUCAAUUUCGUGAACGAAAAAUUACAGCAGAUCUUCAUCGAGCUCACGUUAAAGGCAGAGCAGGAAGAAUACAUUGCCGAGAACAUUAGAUGGACGCCGAUAGAUUACUUUAAUAACGCCGUCGUCGUAGACCUUCUCGAGGGUAAAAGGCCACCUGGUCUGUUUCUAGUACUAGAUGACGUGUGCGCGACGUUGCACGGCGGUAGCACCGGUGCCGACAUCGACUUGAAGAAGAAAUUGGCGGGAACAGCCAGCAAGCACAACCACUUCCAAGACAUCAGUGACGGUUUCGCAAUCCUUCAUUACGCCGGUGCCGUGUCCUACUCUGUUGACGGAUUUUGCGAUAAGAACCGAGAUGUUCUCUUCUUGGAUCUGAUCGAGUUGAUGCAGACCAGCACCAAUACCUUGGUGCGCGAGCUUUAUCCAACGGACACCAGUAAAACGAAGACUCUCAAGUCCAGACCAACCACCGCGGGCAGCAAAAUCAGAAAUCAAGCAAGUCGUUUAGUUGGUCAACUGACAAAGUGCACGCCGCAUUAUAUUCGAUGCAUCAAGCCGAACGAGUCGAAAAAGCCGCGCGACUGGGAUCUUCAGAGAGUCAAGCAUCAGGUGGAAUAUUUAGGUUUGAGAGAAAACAUUCGAGUACGCAGGGCUGGCUUCGCCUAUAGAAGGACGUUUGCCAAGUUUUUACACAGAUAUGCGAUUCUCACCAAAGAAACCUGGCCACAUUGGCCGGGGGACGAAAAACAGGGUGUUGAAUGGAUAUUGGGAAACAACCAUGUCGAUAGAUCGCAAUAUCAGCUUGGUAGAACAAAGCUCUUCAUCAAGGCACCCGAAACGCUCUUUAUGCUGGAGGAAACUCGUGACCGGAAGUACAACAUGUAUGCGCGAGUCAUUCAGAAAGCCUUCAAAAAGUACUUUGCCCGGAAGAGACAGCAACAGCAGAAACAGGAAGCGGCUAAUCUUCUCUUCGGUCACAAGGAACGAAGACGGGCGAGUCUGAAUAGAAAUUUCGUGGGCGAUUACAUAGGGCUAGAAGGCAAGCCGCAAACAAUGAGUCUGCUUGGAAGACGAGAAAAAGUGUUCUUUGCCGAGGUCGUGAAGAAAUACGACAGAAGAUUCAAGAUGUGCAGAAGAGAUCUCAUUCUCACCGCAAAGUAUCUUUAUUUAAUCGGCCGAGAGCAAAUAACGAAAGGUACGGAAAAGGGUAAAUCUGUCGAGGUAAUUAAAAGGAAGCUCGCAUUUAAUCAGAUCAGCCACGUGUCGCUAAGCACGCUGCAAGACAAUUUCGUAAUUAUUCAUACGAGGGAGGAUUACGCCAGCUUAUUAGAAUCGGUAUUCAAAACGGAAUUUCUAUCCGUUCUCGGCAAAAAAUAUCUCGAGGACGUCGGUCAUCCCUUGAAUGUUAAAUUUAGCAACGACUUGGAAUUUAAAGUGAAGAAAGAAGGCUGGGGUGGUGGUGGCACUAGGCAUGUAAAGUUCACGCAAACCGAUUACGGCGAUAAGGAGAUUUUGAAACCGUUUGGCAAAAUUCUCAACGUCAGUAUCGGUCCAGGAUUGCCGAGCACGACAAAGCCUAAUUUGAAUCGAUCGACGUCGACGUUUAUUCGUUCGCGCAAUAAUAAGCUCUCGAGAUCGAUUCGUUCAGCACCGAAGCCGGGCGAUUCAACAGUUGCAAAUAAUCCGACAGGAAAACCUCCUCCUUAUCCUGUAGCGGCUCAAAGAUCUAUGAAUCCUGUACAAACGAAUUUCCACUGUAAAGACUGUGUUCCUGCACAAGCGGCUUUAAACUGCAGAUACUGUAUUCCUCCUCCACAAGCAACUUUAAACUGUAGAGACUGUAGAGAAUGUACGCUUGCACAAGCUCAGACUUUCAACUGUAAAGACCCCAACUGUAAAGACCCCAACUGUAGACCGAGCAUUCCACCGAAUCGUCCAAACUUUCAACCUGGUCAACAUCUUCAGAGGAGCAUGAGCUUAAGAGCUGGAGGCUAUUCCCAAAUGUUACGAAAUCAACAGGUUGCUGCUAUGCUGGGCGUGUAUAUCGAUCCCAAUUUGUUAACUAGUAAUACAAAUCCCGGACCACGUGGUUUGCUCAAAUUUCCUCCACCACCCACAGAGCCACCACCACCGCACGAAUCCGCAAGAUUCCAGUUACCUCCCCACAAUGGCGACCAUAAUGCUUCCGGUCACAAUACAGGAAUGCAAACGCCCCAGGAGUUGAACAUGCAACAGACUAACGACGCACUGGACCACGUAAGAAAGGAGGAUAACAUCGCGUACGCGGUAGCUAAUAGAAAAGUGCUUCCCCAAAAACCGGCACCGCCAAGUUUGCCAAGAGUCAAAGUCUUGUACAACUAUGAGCCGCAAGAUCUCGACGAGCUAGGACUCCAGGAAGGCGACGAAGUGGAAGUACUCAAAGAACAUGAGGGCGGUUGGUGGCAGGGAAGACUGAAAGGGAAGACCGGGCUUUUUCCUUCGAACUAUGUUUUUAAAAUAUAAACUCCGAAUCCGAUUUUUUCAUAAUUAUGGAAAAAUCCCAAAAAACAACAAUACGCGUUUUUCCCCUCUGUUUGCAAUUUGCAUGAUAUACUUAUUGUGCGAAACUUCAAUUAAAUAUUACAGGAAUUAUCGAAUGCCAAAGUUGUAAAAGAAUUUGCAAUUGAAAGUGAACGUAAUAAUUUUUUGCGAGUGCAUAAUUUGUUAUUUAAGAAAGAUUGUGACGCGAUAAGUUAAAUAAUAGAUUGUGGAACGCUAAUACAUCGUUCGAACGAUAUUUUUUGAAAGAAACUCAAAAAACUCAUCUCGUUGUGUAAUCCAAUGAGUUUAUACUAAAUAAACUUUAUCCGUGGUAAAGCAUCUCGUUAUGAAAUUCAAAAAAACAUCGUAACAAGUUGUACGUCACUGUUAUCAUCAUUAGUGUAUAAUAGAUUUGUAAUUUCUGUAACUUUUCAUGUAAUGUACAUAUCGCAAUCGAUAUUUAUGUAUAGUCCCAAUCAAGUGUGUCGCGGUUACCAAAUCCGGAGGUGACAAAUAGUCAUUCCUAUUGCAUAAACAUGUAAUGAAUAUGUGUACAUAGCGUCACUGCCAUCGCAAAACAUCCUCUAAUAAAAUUGUAUCUCAAUUAUA